GUCAGCCGAAAGAUGGCGACGCGCAGAAUAGUGUCAAUGCUGAACAGGGAUGCUGGGCUUCCAGCUCAUUUGCGACGGACUCCGGAGCCUGUUCGCAGAGAAGUUCCGGCUUCUCUGUACCCGCCCAUUGUGGCCUCCCUGACUGCAAAGAGUAAAGCGGCCAGUCGGCGCAGGGUGGAGGAACACUACAAGCUGGUACAUAGUGCCGGUAACGUGACUGAGAAAUUAAAGCUCAUCACUGGCCUCCGCAAGCUGAAGUACGUCGUGUAUCCGCAGACUUUCGCUUUGAAUGCGGACCGUUGGUACCAGCAUUUCACCAAGACCGCCUAUGUGUCUGGGCUGCCGGGGAAAAUAGGCCUCGGGGUCCUGGACGAGCAACAACUGAGGCAGCUGAGGGACUUGGUGUGUGAGGCGCUGUUACAGGAGUAUCACUACGCCAAGAAGGGCCGCACGUAUCUGUACAGGAGCCAGGAGGUCUCAGCAGCCCCUUUUCUCAGCAGUGUGGUGGCCACAGUGAGCAGCCAAUGUGCCUCCUUCAACUCACUCCUCACACAGGCCUCUCUGGAUCGGCAGCCUCAAGUUAACUUUUAUUGGUGUCGUGGAGAGACCACAGUCCCUCGUGGGAAAAGGAAAGGACGAGUUGACCCUGUUCGAUUUCAGAUUGAUGAUAAGCCUCUGGUUCAAAUUAGGAUUCCGCAACAGCUUCCAGAAUUUGUCCCUCUAGAUUACGCUGUUUCGGAAGAAGUGCCGGUAAUCGAUCUGGAACCAAGCCGAUUGCCCCUCUUUAGAAGACAGUAUGAAAACAGUGUGUUUAUAGGUUCCAGAAUUGAAGACCCUUGUAAAUUUGGGCACACACAACUUCAUAUAGUGCCCGAUAAAUUCAAGCGUGAAAGACUUACAAAAUUAAACCUUGCUGACCAGACUGAGGUUUUCCUGAGGGCUAAUGCCAUUGCGAGCUUGUUUGCAUGGACAGGAGCCCAGGCUAUGUACCAAGGUUUCUGGAAUCAAGAUGACGUGACACGGCCGUUUGCCUCACAGGGUAUCAUUUCUGAUGGAAAAUAUUUUUCCUUUUUCUGUUACCAACUGAAUACUUUGGCUUUAUCUGCCGAUUCGGAUAAAAAUCCUUCCCGAAAGAACAUUUGUUGGGGAACACAAAGCGCUCCGCUGUACGAAUCUGUUGAGGAAACCGACGUGAAAGGAUUUAACGAUGAUGUUUUUAAGCAGCUGGUUCAGUUCUUUCUUAACGGCUCACAAUAAAUGUGUUUGGAGAUUUGGGGCUGUAUAUAUUUACAUAUAUAAUGCACUUAUGUGUUGCUAUGCAAAUAAAAUAUGUGUUGA